AUGGUAUCUAACUUCUACAAGACUGAUAUUCUUUUUGUUGGACUUGUUUGUCGUUUCAUGGAAAAUCCUUCAUCUUCUCAUCUAACGGCAGCAAAAAGAAUUCUUCGGUAUCUCAAAUGUACUCUCAAUUAUGACUUGUUUUAUGGAUUUUCAAAUACAUUUGAGUUUAUGGAAUACUGUGAUAGUGAUUUUGGAGGAGAUAAAUAUGAUAGAAAAUGCACUAGUUGUUGUGAAGCGGAGUAUGUUGAUGUUAUGUCUUGUGCUUGUCAUGCUAUUUGGCUACAAAGAUUGUUGAUUGAAAUUCAACUCCCACAAGAAAAUGCUACAAAGAUUUUGAUUGAUAACAAGUCUGCUCUAACUCUUGCAACGAAUCCAAUAUUUCAUGAUCGAAGGAAGCUCAAUCACAAUUUUGCAUUCCUCUCUCGCUCGCCACAAGCACCAAAGAAACGCAUCGCCACAAACCUCUCAUCAAGAAUGGCGGCCGCCACUUUCGCUAAGCUUUCCUCGUUAACUUCCUCCUUCAAAUCUCCGAUACCGAUUUCCUUAUCCACUCUCCCUUUCUCCACAUCCCCUCAAAACCCCACCCAUCACCGUUACACCGACUUUUCCUGCUCCCUUUCUCAUGCUAGUUCCAAUCCCAGAUCCGCCUCCGCCGCUGUUACCCAAAAAACCGCUCCUUCCCAUGAUUUCGUUUCCCGUUAUGCGGACGGUGAGCCCCGGAAAGGCGCUGAUAUCCUCGUGGAAGCACUUGAACGCGAAGGCGUUAAGGACGUGUUCGCCUACCCGGGUGGAGCUUCGAUGGAGAUCCACCAGGCUUUAACCCGGUCCAAAAUUAUCCGAAAUGUCCUUCCGCGACACGAACAAGGAGGGGUCUUCGCCGCCGAGGGCUAUGCGCGCUCCUCCGGCGUUCCCGGUGUUUGCAUUGCAACGUCCGGCCCUGGGGCAACCAACUUGGUGAGUGGUCUCGCCGAUGCAAUGCUCGAUAGCAUUCCUCUCGUGGCGAUCACCGGCCAAGUCCCUCGUCGGAUGAUCGGUACCGAUGCUUUCCAGGAAACUCCGAUUGUCGAGGUAACGAGGUCUAUUACGAAACACAAUUAUCUUGUUCUUGAUGUGGAUGAUAUUCCUAGGAUUGUUAGUGAGGCUUUCUUUUUAGCUACCUCGGGAAGGCCUGGACCUGUUUUGAUUGAUGUACCUAAGGAUAUACAACAGCAGCUUGCUGUUCCUAAAUGGAACCAGCCUCCUAGGUUGUCGGGAUAUAUGUCUAGGUUGCCCAAGGCUCCCAAUGAGUCUCAUUUGGAACAGAUUGUGAGGCUGGUUUCCGAAUCUAAAAGGCCGGUUUUAUACGUCGGUGGUGGGUGUUUGAACUCCAGUGAAGAGUUGAAGAGGUUUGUUGAGCUUACAGGGAUACCUGUUGCAAGUACUUUGAUGGGUCUUGGGGUGUUUCCGAUUUCGGAUGAGUUGUCAUUACAAAUGCUUGGAAUGCAUGGAACCGUGUAUGCUAAUUAUGCUGUGGAUAAGAGUGAUUUGUUGCUAGCUUUUGGUGUAAGAUUUGAUGAUAGGGUGACUGGAAAACUUGAGGCCUUUGCUAGUCGGGCCAAGAUUGUGCAUAUCGAUAUUGAUUCGGCUGAGAUUGGGAAGAAUAAGCAGCCUCAUGUGUCGGUGUGUUCCGAUGUGAAAUUGGCAUUGCAGGGGAUUAAUAAGAUACUGGAGAACAAGGGUGCAAAUCUGAAUCUUGAUUAUUCAGAUUGGAGGCAGGAGUUAAACAAGCAGAAGGUGGAAUUCCCGUUGAGUUACAAGACCUUUGGUGAAGCUAUUCCGCCUCAAUAUGCAAUUCAGGUUCUUGAUGAAUUAACCGGAGGGAAUGCGAUUGUAAGUACAGGUGUCGGUCAGCAUCAAAUGUGGGCUGCUCAGUUUUACAAGUACAGGAAGCCUCGUCAAUGGUUAACAUCAGGUGGAUUGGGGGCUAUGGGUUUUGGAUUGCCUGCUGCCAUCGGAGCUGCUGUUGCAAACCCGGAUGCAGUUGUUGUAGACAUCGAUGGUGAUGGAAGUUUCAUCAUGAACGUGCAAGAGUUGGCAACUAUCCGAGUGGAAAAUCUUCCUGUCAAGAUAUUAUUGUUGAAUAAUCAGCAUUUGGGCAUGGUAGUUCAAUGGGAGGACCGAUUUUACAAGGCAAACAGGGCUCAUACAUACCUGGGAGAUCCCUCCAACGAGUCAGAGAUAUUCCCGAACAUGUUGAAAUUUGCCGAAGCAUGCGGAAUACCAGCAGCCCGGGUGACGAAGAAAGAAGAUCUCAAGGCAGCAAUUCAGAAAAUGUUGGACACUCCUGGACCUUACCUGUUGGAUGUGAUUGUCCCACAUCAAGAGCAUGUCCUGCCUAUGAUCCCCAGCGGAGGCGCUUUCAAAGACGUGAUCACCGAGGGCGAUGGAAGAACACAGUACUGAUGUCAGUGAGCAUCGCAAUCUUUGUAAUAUGAGGUUCAGUUACUGAGUCCUGGCAGUUUUCUGGAACAUAAACUUGUAUGUGUUCCCAUAAGUAGUUUUUUCUAUGUUUUAAAAAACUACUAUGUUUUAAAAAACUAUCAAGUAGUUUUUUGUUUGUGGGAGUGUUGUAUGUGUUCUAGUCAAAUAAUGUCAUAUAAUGGAAGAAUCUGAAGUUUUGUGUUUUCAA